GCGUGCGGUGAUCGUCUUCAGUUAUUAUCGAGCUUCUUCUCGGGCCACAAUGUCCGGUGCAACGAGUGUGUCGUUGCUAACAAUCGCGUUCGCGAUUCUCUUAGGUGUUCAAAAUACGCGCAAUGUGCAUGCAUUCACAACGCGCUCAUAUGAUUUGGACGUGCCAGGAUCGAAACCGAUCAGGAUUAUCGAGGCCGACCCUGGUUGGGACCUGAACACAAGAAAGCCGCCUACGCUUCAUCGCAACGACCGAGUUCGAAGUGAUCGCGUCACACAAGGUUUGGACGAUAUUAAAAACAAUUAUAAACCUUUCACACAUCGAGGAGAUAAGGACGAUAGAUUUAAACAUCGACCAGAUUUCGAACACCGCACUCUAAAACCCGAUGUGAUUUCCAAUCGAAAUGAUAGAUUUCCUACUGGAUUAGACGAGGAAGAUAACUCGGAAAAAUUGAAAAAGUUCCUAAAUUCUUACGCGCAGAAUGUUAAGAAGGUCAAUGUGCAAGUUGACAAUUCCAAUGUCCAAGAAAAUGACGACCAGUUGCAUUUAAGCGAUAAAUAUGUUGAUAUACCUUCAGAAGAACACGCCGUAGAUGAAAACCGAGGUAAACCAGAAAAGUCAAAGUCUUGGAACUUGCUACAUUUUGAUAAGAUUCAACAAAGACCCCAAGAUAACAAAGGGUGGGUUUCAAUGGAUGCGGUACCUUGGUCAGUAAGUAAGAUAUCUAAGUGGCAUGGCAAACCCAAAAAAGACAAAUAUCAGAACCAGCAACAAAAUAAUCAUGGAUAUUACGACCAAUCCAAUCGUCCUUACAAUGAUAGAUUCCAAGUCGGAUCACAGGAAGAGUUCCCACGCCCGAAUUACCCCAAACCAAUCAGGCCAAACGGGGUCAUCGGUGGUCAUCGUCCCAACGGAUAUUACGACGAUCCAUUAGAAGAAGGUGACAUUGAAGAUCCGGUUGAUGAUGAUUACUAUAACAACAGAAGACCUAGUUUUCCACGACCGAGUGCUACCUAUGGACACAAAGUAAAUCUGCACACGGUACAAUCCUACGGACACUCCGGAAAUGGCAACAAACGUCCAUUCAAGGACAACUGUAACAACAACCAACACCACCAUCACAACCCUGGUCAUAGCUCUUUUGGUAAUGUCCCCGAUGAUGGUAUUAUAACAGAUGGUCUACCUGCAAACUUCCCGGAACACGAUUAUGGAAAUCGACGUCGCGGGGUCGGAGGAGAUUCCUCUGCGUCGGGUACAAUUUCUACGUCGGCCACACAUCCAUUUAAAGGAGAGGUACUACCACCGCUGGAUGACGGCCGUAUCAACAUGACUACCAGCCACGGGGGCCUAUUACAAGUGGAUGGGACUUUCGAGUCUGUAGAAGAGGCACAGAAGCAACACGCCAAGAGACAAAGAUUGAAGUUACGCCCGCAGAGAAGACCAGUGAAAGUACGGCCACAACUUGGAGAGUUAGAACCAUAUAGGACCAAAAAAACACAAGCGUUGAGGCAGCCAGUGUCAAGCCAGUAUCAAAUUCAAAAUGGAGAUAAUAUUGUAUCGGAGUCUGUUCAGAGUAGCUCAGUGUCCGAUUCCAGCGCGGUGUUGGCCGCGGUAGGAGCUGGAAUGAUUCCAGCUGGGAUGGCUCUGUUGGUACCAAUGGCCAUGAGCGGAAAGAGGAAACGGCGACAAGUCGAAAUACCUGAGUAUCUGACUACCAGUCCUUAUACUAACAGCGUCGAAUUGACGUUACCAUCGACCUUGUAAUAAGAUCCUAUUUAUUAUUUAGAAACAAAUUAGAUUGGAAUAGCUUUAUGUAACUACUUAAAUAUUAACAUAUUGUUUAUUGUAAGUUUUAGAAGAAUGUGACAUGAAAAUCAGAAUGGCUGUACAAAGUGUGUACAAGAGGACGGACACUUUUUGUAAUGCACUGAUGUUUUUAUUUAUUUGUGACUAGUAAGGCUUUGUAAUAAAACGAAAAUAAAUCUGAUAAUACAAACA